AUGUGCGCCUUCUCUGACUGGGGAGAGCAUCUGCUUUCGUUCUACUUUUCCCUUCGUCUUUCGGUCUCUCUUUUUGGCCAGGUUGCCUCCUUACAGUCUUUAUUUUUUUCGAUUCGACGCUAUAAACCAACUAUAACCGACUUUCAAACGACGACCACCUCAAAUUUAUCGUCCAAGACCAACGCAUUCGUCGUCAUGAUGGCCAAGUUCAUUGCCACCUUCUUUGUCGCCGUUUUGGCCUUCGCGCCAAUUGUCUCUGCUGCUCCUGCUGCCAUUGAGCCCUCCGAUUUGGUCACUCGCGGAGGAUUCAAAUCCUUCAACAACUGGGGAGGCUUCCAUUCCUUGAAUGGUUUCGACAACUUCUACGGUGUUGAUAACUUUGGCAACUCGCACUUCAGCCCAAAGUCAAUCACCAUCGUCAAGGAGAAGCAGCUCGUUUGCCGUGCCCAAAGUAUAGAGAUCAUUCAACAACGGCUCCUGAUCAUUCAGGAAAUGGCCAAGCGCAUCAUCACCGAGCAGGUCUGCGAAGUGGAGAUCCAGACCAUCGUCUUCGAGCAGUUCUACGCCAGCCUGCACGGGUUCAGCCGCGACCUCCGACGCUUCUCUGGACGCCAAGUUGGGUACGAUGCUGGCAUUGCGAACCAUUUCGGGUCAAUAAUCUCAAGCGAUGGCUCGCUCACGACAAACAACUUCGGUUUCUCCGGCCACGACCUCGGAAAGUCGUAUGUCAUCCCUGUUGGCAAUAAUUGGGACAACGCACGCUCUUUCGGAACAGUCGGGAGCGCUUACCGCGCCGCUCGCAGCGCUGUUGUCUCCUUCUGA